AGAGGAGGAGGAGGGGGAGGGGUAUUAGCGGUGACGGACGGCGAGGGAGGAGGUGGCACGGUCUGGCCCGCCGCAGGGAGGGACCACGGGCUAACCGCGAGGAGGUAGCGCUGGACCCGGAUUCAGGCUCCGUCGUGGGAGGAUGGGCAACGGCGACUCCAAGCUCAACUUCAGGAAGGCGGUGAUCCAGCUCACCACCAAGACCCAGCCUGUAGAGGCAACAGAUGAUGCCUUCUGGGACCAGUUCUGGGUAGAUACAGCUACUUCUGUACAAGAUGUCUUUGCUUUAGUUCCAGCUGCAGAAAUCAGAGCUGUGAGGGAAGAAUCCCCUUCAAAUUUGGCUACGUUGUGUUACAAGGCAGUGGAAAAGCUGGUGCAGGGAGCUGAGAGUGGCUGUCACUCUGAGAAAGAAAAGCAGAUUAUCCUGAACUGCAGCCGUCUCUUAACUCGCAUCCUACCCUAUAUCUUUGAGGAUCCUGACUGGAGAGGCUUUUUUUGGUCAACUGUUCCUGGGGCUGGGCGAGGAGGGCAAGGGGAUGAAGAUGAUGAAAAUGCUAGGCCUUUGGCUGAAUCAUUGCUUCUGGCGGUCGCAGAUUUGCUCUUCUGCCCUGAAUUCACAGUCCAGAGUCAUCGAAAAAACGUGGAUACAGCUGAGGAUAUCCAUGCAAUUGAUAGCUGUGAAUACAUUUGGGAAGCUGGUGUUGGGUUUGCUCAUUCUCCACCACCCAGCUACAGCCAUGAUUUAAAUAGGACAGAGCUAUUGAAACUUUUGCUGACAUGUUUCUCUGAAGUUAUGUAUCUGCCACCCUCCUCAGACAGCAGCAACACUAACCCCUGGGUCCAGUUCUUCUGUUCCACUGAGAACAGGCAUGCACUACCACUGUUCACUUCCCUCUUGAAUAUCAUCUGUGCUUAUGAUCCAGUGGGCUACGGGAUCCCUUAUAACCACUUGCUCUUCUCGGACUAUCGCGAACCUCUGGUGGAGCAGGCUGCCCAAGUCCUGAUAGUCACAUUGGACUAUGAUACGUCCACCAGCUCCAGUCCUACAGUAGACGGCACUACUACUGGAACGGUUAUGGAUGACGCAGAUCCUCCAGGACCAGACAACCUUUUUGUGAAUUACCUGUCUAGGAUACACAGAGAAGAGGAUUUCCAGUUCAUUCUAAAAGGAAUGGCCCGUCUACUUUCCAAUCCACUGCUUCAGACAUACUUGCCAAAUUCUACCAAAAAAAUCCAGUUCCAUCAGGAACUCCUGGUUCUCUUCUGGAAGCUCUGUGAUUUCAACAAGAAAUUUCUCUUCUUUGUGCUUAAGAGCAGUGAUGUCCUGGAUAUCUUGGUGCCAAUUCUGUACUUCCUGAAUGAUGCCAGAGCUGAUCAGUCUCGGGUUGGGCUUACGCAUAUUGGCGUCUUCAUCCUGUUGUUGCUUAGUGGGGAGAGAAAUUUCGGAGUUCGCCUGAACAAGCCUUAUUCUGUGCGAGUACCAAUGGAUAUCCCUGUAUUUACAGGGACACACGCUGAUCUUCUUAUCAUUGUCUUUCACAAGAUCAUAACUAGUGGGCACCAGCGACUGCAGCCCCUCUUUGACUGCCUCCUGACCAUCAUUGUGAAUGUAUCGCCAUACUUGAAGUCUCUUUCUAUGGUAGCUGCUAACAAACUGCUGCACUUACUGGAAGCCUUUUCAACUACAUGGUUCCUGUUCUCCACUGUCCAGAACCAUCACCUUGUCUUCUUCUUGCUGGAGGUUUUCAACAAUAUUAUCCAAUACCAAUUUGAUGGCAAUUCCAAUUUGGUCUAUGCCAUUAUUCGCAAGCGAAAUGUGUUCCACCAGCUGGCCAAUUUGCCUACAGACUUGCAGUCUAUCCAGAAAGCUUUGCAGCGCAAAAAGAAAGCUCCUGAACCUAUAUCUCGUACCAACUCUCAGGAUGGGGUGUCCAUGGAAGGGUCACGGCCCGCUGCACCUGCUGAGCCUGGAACACUGAAGGCCAGCCUAGUAGCAACUCCAGGUAUUGACAAACUCACAGAGAAAUCCCAAGUGUCAGAGGAUGGGACAAUAUGCUCUCUAGAGCCAGAGUCUUCACAGUCUCCAGCAGAGGGCAGUCUACCUGGCAUUGUCAGUGAUACAGAAUCUUGGAGUGGGGAAUCAUUACAGCCCAAGCGUGAUCGACGGCGCUUGUCCAGUGUAUCCUCAAGUGGGCAAUGGAAUCCAACUCCUGAAUGGGUGACAUCCUGGAAAUCAAAGCUGCCUCUUCAGACAAUCAUGCGAUUGUUACAGGUCCUGGUCCCCCAAGUAGAGAAGAUAUGCAUUGACAAGGGCCUCACAGAUGAGUCUGAAAUUCUGAAGUUUUUGCAGCAUGGCACACUAGUGGGGUUACUCCCUGUCCCCCAUCCAAUCCUGAUUCGCAAAUAUCAGGCUAACUCUAGUACUGCUAUGUGGUUCCGCACCUACAUGUGGGGAGUUAUUUAUUUGAGAAAUGUGGAUCCUCCCAUCUGGUACGAGACUGAUGUAAAGCUGUUUGAAAUUCAGCGCGUCUGAAGAAUGGGAAUAGAGAGCGAAUUUGUCUCUGUUGAACACUGGAAACAAGGAUCUUGCUGUGCGCUUCUACAUCACAGCUAUUCCUUCAUUUCACUGCCUGCUAAAUGAAGCAAAGGACAAUUGCUUCCCUUUACAUAUCUGCCACUUUAAAGCUAAGAGACCCGCCCUAAUGACCUGCU